AUGGGUCGUCGUCACGGUAGUGCUCGUCGUCUUCUCCUCGCCCUCUUCGCCGCGAGCCUGAUCGCCGCCUCUGACUCCAUCAAUGGCGGCGACGGCGAGCAGGUUUAUGUCGUGUACCUGGGGCACCUGCCCAGCUCUGAACCGGAUAGUCCCUCGGAUUCUGAAAGUUUGUCUGCUACUGUUGAAGCUGCUCAUCACGAAUUGCUGAACAAGGCCCUUGACGACGGCAGCUAUGCUUCGGACAGGAUCCUCCGUAGUUACAAAAGAAGCUUCAAUGGCUUUGCAGCCAGGCUAACUGAACAACAGGCAAACAAACUAGCUGACAUGGAGGGAAUCGUGUCAGUCUUCCCAAGCCAGACCUAUGAGCUUCAAACAACAAGGUCGUGGGACUUCCUGGGCUUGCCUCCAACGCCGCAGGAGGAGCUGCCCUUGGAGGGGGAGGUCAUCGUCGGCGUGCUCGACACCGGCGUCUGGCUGGACUCGCCGUCCUUCUCCGACGAGGGCUUUGGCCCGCCGCCGAGCAGGUGGAAGGGGAUCUGCCAGAAUUUCACCUGCAACAAUAAAGUCAUCGGCGCCCGAGCUUACCAGAACGGAGUGACCGCCGGCCUGUCGCCGUUGGACGAGCAGGGCCACGGCAGCCACACGGCGUCCACGGCGGCCGGCCGGGCGCCAGGCUCGCCAUCUACAAGGUGUGCUGGGACGACGCCAUCGCCGACGGCGUGGACGUGA